UCCUAAUUAUGUUAAUAUGACAUCAAUUAGAAUGGGGUCCUGAAAAUGAGGGGGUAAAGCCUGGUCCCCUAUUUGCAAGACUAUUACUUAAGAAUCUUGCUAAUUAAUGGUUAUAGUCUGAUGAGCAUCAGAUAAAUUAUUUUCAUUCUCAGAAUAACAUGUAAACUGGAUGGUUUAGGAGUAUUUAUUUCUAUUAAUGAUAAGUGAUAACUCUACUGGUUGCGGCAAUCUGGCAGGGGCACAUGAUGUGGGCCAAAGCUAAAGACUCAGAAGUAAAAUAGAGAAGAGUUAUAAGUUGUAAGGCAUGGGUGUGGAAUAGAUCUGAAAAAUAUCUGAACAAAUAGCCCAUACUAACCACUAAUGAUUCAUUUUCAUUUUAAGAACCGUCUACUGCAGACUGAUGAGAAGAUAUAUUUGCCGACAGUUCUUUCUAACUAGGUUAUACCAUGAACAUGCUUUUAGCAUACCGGAGUAGGAUCGAUGUACAGAGGAAGAAAUUUAUGGGAUUGUUUUGAAAGUUUCUUGGAAGCUGUACUACUAGCGGUAGGGUUGUUUUGAAGGUUUUCUAAAACCUGGAAGAAUCAUCUGCGUAAGAACUUUGCUGCAUCGAAACUGGAAUUUAAAACACGGUCAGUCAGAACAAACUGCCCGUAACAACUGAAUCUUACCAACUGGAUUUCCAUAGGUGGAUUUUGUGAAAUUGCUUAACCCCUGGCCAAACCUCUGCCAUUUUGUAAUAAUCUUUGCAUUUACACUAUUUAAUGAAUGGUGAGAUGCAUCUCGGAUGGCCACUUGGGCUCAGCUUUCUGUACACGAGGCUUAGAGUUGCAGAAUCACGCCCAGUUGCUCCAGUGGAGUCUUACUCAUUGCAUGUACCAUCUUCCAGCUUCUCCUCAUUCUCAUCCUCCAACCUCGAUACAGAGUCAUCUGCAUCUUUCUUCCAAGACAAUAGUGUAUCCCUCGGGAGGCUAAUAGGCAUUAGAGCUGGUGAAAGAAGAGGACGCUUGUACAUCCCAAACUCGUUAAGUUUUGAAGAAAGUGAGAAGAACAAUGCGUUGGCAAAAGAUGAUUCUAAAGUACAUGAACAAGUGGAAACGUCUCCAGGCAAUGUUUGUAUACCCAUACUACUUGAUGCAUUGCUGCUCAAGAGCAGCAGAACUAAAAGGAGUUCAAGGAACUAAGCAUUAUUAUUGAUGAUGAUGGGGCAAAACACAUAUCUCAUGCUGUGCCACUUCAGUGAAGAUUCUCAAUUCUGUUGUUGUAGUCAGAAUUCAAAAAUGGGUUUCAGUCAAUUUUUCUUGAAUUCACCAUUUUAACUUUUGCCAAGACCGUUAUUGUAACUUUGUUCCGUUUCAUAUUACGAGCAUAUAAUAGAAGGGAUGUGAAAUUUCUUUCUUAAUUCAGAUAUAUGAUGUCAAGUACUUCAGAAGAAUAAAGAUUAAUAGCUGGGAAUUAUUUA